AUGGCAACAGCUGAUACAACUAAAAUUGCAUUAAUUACCGGUGCUAAUAAAGGAAUUGGCUUUGAAAUUACAAAACAAUUGGCUCAAAAAGGUAUUCAUGUACUUCUUGGUUCUCGUGAUGAAGCACGAGGAAAAAAAGCUGUUGAACAACUUACUACUGAAAAUCUUCCUGUAUCAUUAAUCAUAAUUGAUGUUACUAAUCAAUCAACAAUUGAUGCAGCUAUUAAUGAAGUUACAAAUAAAUAUGGUCAUUUAGAUAUACUUAUUAAUAAUAGUGGUGUUUAUGUCAAAGAACCACGUCCAAGUGAAUUAACUGUAGAUGAUAUUCGACACAAUUUUGAUGUUAAUUUUUUUGGUGCAUUUUCUGUAACGAAAGCAUUUCUACCAUUAAUUCGAAAAUCAACAGCUGGACGUAUUGUUAAUGUAUCAAGUGGUCUUAGCUCAUUUCAUUUUCAUGAAUCACAGGCAAACUGUUUUUUUCAUUUGGCAUAUAGUGCAUCGAAAACAUCACUUAAUAUGUUAACGUAUCAAUUAGCACAAGAACUAAAAAAAACUACAAUUAAAGUUAAUGCUUGUACACCUGGUUUAACAGCAACAGAUUUAACGAAUUUUCAUGGUCAUUCAGUUGAAAUUGGAGCUAAGUCAUCGGUUUUCUUAGCAACAUUACCUGAUGAUGGACCAACGGGUAAAUAUUUUGAUGAAAAUUGUCAAGAACAUGCAUGGUAA